AUGGCCACGAAGAAGAUCUUUGUCUUUAUGACUGUGAUCAUGUUUCUCUUAAGUUGCACCUCAGCUAAAACCUACAAAGUCGGAGGUUCCAACUAUGGAUGGACUGUGAAGGACGACUCUUGGGCUGAACAUAAACAAUUCCACGUUGGAGAUUCUCUCAUCUUCCAAUACGAUAAGAACGUCAACGACCUUGCUCAAGUUUCCAACGCUAAAGAGUAUAUGGCAUGCGAUGUUUCUUCUCCUAAAGUUGUUUAUAACACCGGACACGAUGUGACGUUCUUGUCGUCCAUGACCCUUCACGUCCUACUCCUCCACCACCACCUAGCAAGAACCAUGAACCAUCACCAAGGCCCUUCACGUCAAAGUCCUCCUCCACCAUCAAGCAAGAACCAUGAACCCUCACGUCAAAGUCCUCCUUCACCACCACCGAGCAAGAACCAAGGCCCUUCACGUCAGACUCCUCCACCACCAUCACCAAGCGAGAACCAAGGCCCUUCACGUGAUCAGACUCCUCCACCACCACCAACACCGAGCAAGAGAGGAAGGAUCUACAAGGUAGGUGAUACCAAAGGAUGGAGCGUGUACAACAGUUACUACUACUACAGGUGGAGUGAAACUAAACAGUUCCGUGUUGGAGAUACUCUCUACUUUGAAUACAACAAGAACCUCAACGACGUUCGAGAAAUAAGCGAUGAUUUUGAGUUCAGAUCAUGUGAACCAACUUCUACCGUAGCUGUGUACAAGACAGGACACGAUCUCAUCAAGCUUACCAAACCAGGAGUGCAUUACUUUGUAAGCUUAAAGACUGGUCUUUGUCAGGCUGGGAUUAAGCUUCGAGUCAACGUGCUACCAUCAACAGAAGACGAUACUAAUCUGCCUAAUGUUCCAAAGAUUAACCGCUGCAACAGGUGGUCGUGGUGGUUAUGCCUUUUAAGACCUAAUCACUAA